AUGGCGAAAAAUGUCGAUCCUAAAGUCAUGAAAAUUUGUGAUUCAACUGACCACCCUUCUCUCUGUCUUGGCACUGUCGUACCCCUCUUAGAUGACAAAACUGAUCAAUUUUCUGUGCUUGAAGUGUCAGUUAAAGCUUGCUCCGAAUUAACAAAGUUCGCAUUGUCCAUGGCGAAAAAAAUUUCCAACAUGCCCGGAGUUCCUCCUCAGGUAGCCUCUAUUAUUCGCGAUUGCAAAGACAAUUACGACGCAGUUAUGUCCAAUUUUGAGAAAGCAAUUAAUGCCUUACCUGAACGUGAUAUAGGAACUCUUAAUACCAUGCUCAGCGCCGUUAUAACAGAUGUCGGAGACUGUGAAGACGAACUCUCCAGUACGGCCACGACUUCUCCUCUAUCGGAUUAUGCCGAGAAGUUGACUAACAUGACUAGCAAUUCUCUUGCCAUUGCUUCCCUCCUUCAAGAUUGA